AACAUUAAUGUCCAGCACAUCCAUAUGGAUCUGUACCUGAAAAAACUUAUUGCUGUGCAAGAUUGCGACGGUUUCACUAGUGAAAAAAGCUGAAGAGCAUGCCUAAUCUAUCUUUGCCUCGCUUCUUCCGUCCUUAUUCUUGGCAUGCCAUGGAGCUCAUGAAGUACUCUACCUUCAUCACCAUCUUUCUUCUCUUCCUGCUUACCACACCUUACUUUGCAAGAGGUGGAGAAAUAUCAGAGACGGUGGAUAGUACUACUGAGGUUUAUGAAAUCGAUUACAGAGGUCCAGAGACUCACUCAUCAAUUCCCCCGCCUGGUCACUUACAUGGGAAGAAGAAGCCUUUGCCUAAUGUGAUCCACAAAGAAAGCGUCAUUGGGAGUCCCAAAUCUAAGAGGUUCAGGGGUGGCAAUUAUAACACGGGAAGAAAGACGAAGACAAUAAAUGGAUGAUCGAUACUGGCUAUGUUAAAGUUUCGCCGAUUAAUGGUUCCAUUUUAGUAUAGAAAUAUGAAGAACAUGUUCUGAGAUUCAUCAUGAAUUAAUAGAUAUGAUGGAAUAACAAUCUUUAAUUUGUUAUUUA